UCUUCUCCCUUAGUUUAUUUGAUUUUAUUUCUGUCCCAAAAAAACGUCCUUUCUGUUCUUUUCGUGUACCUACUUCGUUUCUUCUUCGCCUUGAUCGUUUCUUCGUCGCCUUCUUAGUUUCCUGUUAGGGUUUGGUUUCUUGAUCGUCUUCUUGGGUUUUCUUCGUUUCUUAGCAACUGGGUGUAAAGGGAAAAAAUGGGGAAAAGAAAACGAGAGCGAAGGGAGCGGGAAAGGCAAAGUGAAAGAGACAAGAGAUGGGAAAAAGGGUCAAAUAGUCGAGAUAACCCUUUACAACUCCAUGAUACUGAUAGUGAAAGCAGUCAAGAAGUAGUCGAAGUUUCACCAGGAGGGGGCAAAUUAUUCCAGAUUAAUUUACAUCACCAUGGGGAUCUUGGUGACUUGGCCUAUUAUGGUGGGGAAGUUCAAAGUAGGAUAUACCAUAUUGGUGAGAUUGAAAUGUCCGACCUUGACAAAUGGUGUAGGAGGCUAUACGGCGGAAAAGCCAUUGUUGAUUACCAUUGGUGUCCGAAGGGAAUCGAAUACCGGGAUGGGAUAAAGGCGAUAAACCAUGAACAAGAUUUCAGGGAAAUGGCUGUGACAGGAUUGAAGGCAGGGUCUGUUGAGGUAUACGUAAGGGAGUAUUCUGUCAAGGACAUUAAAGAGUUACAUGAAAAGAUUAAGCUUGACUUGGAGCCUCCUCCUCUUCCCCCUAGUACUGUUGUUAUCGAGGAGCUUGUGGACCCGGAGGCUGGGCCAGGGGAAGAGGUGAAUAUACCAGUUCAAGUUCAGGGGCCACCUGUGAUUUUACCAGAAAUUGAGGGGGUUUUGUUGAUCGAGUGGCACGGCAACAAUGUGCAGGCACCAGUUAUAGAUGCAUUGGAGCCGGAGGAUGCAGUAGCGGGGCUGGAAGAGGGUGUGCAGGCUGCAGUUGUAGAUGCUUGGGAGCCUGACCCGUUUGUUGAUGUGGUGCAGGAGGGGCUGGAUGAGGUUCAGGAGGGGCUGGAUGAGGCGCAGGAGGGGAGAAGGAGUCUGAGGGGGCAGAGGUUACUGAAGAGGGGGAGGUGCCAGAAGGGGGGCCAGAUUGUCCCCCUUCAACUCUAG